UAAACACAUAUAUCGAUGACGUAGUGCACAUCGGAAACCCGGAAUAAUUACAGAUGAAAACAGAAUCAGUGCAGUUUUUAUCGGUUUAUGGCAUUUGCUGGCGAUUCUUUGGUACUCAGAAUCCCAAUGCAAAGGAGAAGUCAAAACGCAGAUGUUAUUUCGGUUUCUUCGUGGAAUGAUAGUGUUCUUAGCCUCAACAAUGACGGUGCCUCAUCAAGUGCCAUAAGCAAUGCCAAUGGCAAUGAACAUCCCACAGCGGCUACUAGUACUACAAGUACUACUGGCACUCGAUCUUUAUCUUCGGACAAGGGUACAUUAGCUGCUGCUAUGGAUCUGUUAAAAUUCAGAAAGAAGAAAAAGCACAUAGAAACUGACCAUGAACCAGAGGAUAUACUCGCCGGAAUGCACAGGGUACAUUUGAAUGAAUACACAGAACCUAGUCCAACGACUAGUAGUAGUAGUAGUAGCUUUGUUGAUGUGGCGAAUUCGUAUUUGCCCGAGCACACAGAUACAGACACAAACCAAAAGAAACAUUCUGAUAAGAAGCAUCAUAGACAUCAUUAUUUUAGCCAUCAUAGGCAUAAAAAUUACCAAACUCCUGUGAGAACUAUAAGCACUAUAGAUGCUGGCCCUCCAGUAGAGUAUGUGCCUAAUGAAGAUCAAAUGGAUAAAGUGAAAACAAAAAUUAUGUCAGCAUGGAAUAAUGUGAGAUAUGGUUGGACAGUGAAAACCAAGACUCACUUCAACCAUCAACAUCCUCUUUUUCUGCUUGGGAAAUGUUACCAUGCCAAAAAUGAAGUUGGAUUUGAAACGGAGACUGAUAAACAGCAUCCCCCUGACAUAGAGCUUUUUAAACAGGACUUCAUCAGUAGGAUAUGGUUCACAUAUAGAAGAGGAUUCCCCACAAUUUCAGGCUCCCAGUUCACAACAGACUGUGGCUGGGGCUGUAUGUUACGCAGUGGACAGAUGAUGUUGGCUCAAGCUUUAAUUAUGCAUUUCCUUGGGCGAGCGGCUACUAGUACUACGAGUACUACUGGCACUCGAUCUUUAUCUUCGGACAAGGGUACAUUAGCUGCUGCUAUGGAUCUGUUAAAAUUCAGAAAGAAGAAAAAGCACAUAGAAACUGACCAUGAACCAGAGGAUAUACUCGCCGGAAUGCACAGGGUACAUUUGAAUGAAUACACAGAACCUAGUCCAACGACUAGUAGUAGUAGCUUUGUUGAUGUGGCGAAUUCGUAUUUACCCGAGCACACGGAUACAGACACAAACCAAAAAAAACAUUCUGAUAAGAAGCAUCAUAGACAUCAUUAUUUUAGCCAUCAUAGGCAUAAAAAUUACCAAACUCCUGUGAGAACUAUAAGCACUAUAGAUGCUGGCCCUCCUGUAGAGUAUGUGCCUAAUGAAGAUCAAAUGGAUAAAGUGAAAACAAAAAUUAUGUCAGCAUGGAAUAAUGUGAGAUAUGGUUGGACAGUGAAAACCAAGACUCACUUCAACCAUCAACACCCUCUUUUUCUGCUUGGGAAAUGUUACCAUGCCAAGAAUGAAGUUGGAUUUGAAACGGAGACUGAUAAACAGCAUCCCCCUGACAUAGAGCUUUUUAAACAGGACUUCAUCAGUAGGAUAUGGUUCACAUAUAGAAGAGGUUUCCCCACAAUUUCAGGCUCCCAGUUCACAACAGACUGUGGCUGGGGCUGUAUGUUACGCAGUGGACAGAUGAUGUUGGCUCAAGCUUUAAUUAUGCAUUUCCUUGGGCGAGACUGGAACUUGUUUUUGGCUUCACCCUCGCGAGAACACGACACAUUCCACAGGCAAAUCAUUAGGUGGUUUGGCGACUGCCUUAGUAAGAACACUCCAUUCUCAGUCCACAGACUUGUUCAGCUGGGUAAAGACUCUGGGAAGAUGCCUGGUGACUGGUAUGGACCAGCUUCAGUGGCACAUAUCAUAAAGAUAGCAAUGGAAAAUGCGUUUGAGUUUAAUCCAAUACUUGGCCAAGUGUGUGUUUAUGUUUCUCAGGAUAGUACAGUGUACAAACAAGAUAUAAUUGACUUGUGUACAAAACGACCUCGGGCAGAAACCUUCAACAGCAGCACCUCCCUGGAGCAUUCUUACCAGGAGACAGAGGGCGCCAGUGAGGACCACUGGAGAGCAGUGAUCAUUCUGAUCCCAGUCAGACUAGGAGGGGAGAUACUGAACCAUAUUUACACCCCGUGUAUCCAGUCAUGUCUUGCCUAUGAUAUGUGUAUUGGAGUGAUAGGAGGAAAGCCCAAACAUUCCUUGUACUUUGUUGGCUUUCAGGAUGAAAAGCUCAUCCACUUAGAUCCCCAUUACUGCCAAGAUGUGGUGAAUGUUGUGACAGAUAACAAUUUCCCUAUACAGUCUUUCCACUGUGUCACCCCCAGAAAGAUGUCUUUCUCAAAGAUGGAUCCCAGUUGCACUAUAGGUUUUUACUGUAGAACCAGGCAGGAUUUUGAACAGUUCUUUGUUCAUGCAAAAGAGUUCCUGUCCCCACCAAAGCAGAAAGGACAAUACCCAAUGUUCAUAUUUUCUGAAGGGCGCAGCAACGAAGUAAACUGUGAGUCAUACCAUCCAAAGAAUGACAAGUUUUUAAGAGUGAGACAUUUGAACGAUGAUGGGAAGCCACGUUCACCUUCAAAGGAAUCAGAAGAUUUUGUAUUUCUGUAA